AUGGUAUCUCACAGCGACAGAGUUUAUUUCACAUCCGCUGAAUCGGCUGUUUCCUAUCCGACUGAAGCAAUGGAUGGUGAAAUACAAGAAAAACCUAGACUGCGGGAAUUUUUCCCAGAGGUCUGGUUGUUCGAAUAUGCCACGUUAACAAAAUCGGAAUAUAAGGCACCACUGACUGUACCUGACAGUCUCACGAGUUGGGAAGCCAAUGCCGUGUGCUUCACGAAGGAUCGCGGUCUGUGGAUGCCCGAGAACAAACCACUCCUGACUGUGAGCAUGCCCUUCUUCAUCGAGUUCACUCCUCCUCUCGUCGCGCGUCGAGGAGAAAUCCUUCAUCUUCCUGUCAGCGUCUUCGUCUACCCACCGACGCACAACGUCACGUCGAAGCAGUGCUACGAGGUUGAUGUCGGUCUGGAGGUGGACCCUCAGGACUGGCGCAUGAUUGGUGCAUCGGAGUUCACCACGUGCAUCUGUACGGGUGACUUGAAGGAGACCUUCAAGCUGCCUCUUCGACCACUCAGAAUCGGUCAACUGAAUGUGACUGCGACGGCCACUGCUGCACGAGGAUCAGCCAUGUGCGGCGGUGAUGGAAGGAACGUCGUGGUGGUAGGUGAUGCUGUUCGACGGUCAGUGCGUGUGGUGGCCGAAGGAGUGGAGAAAUCGCUCACACGUGGUGGCACCUUCUGCACAACUGGAGGUACGUACUGCCUUGUUUCGCCGCACCAGUCUGUUUCUAGUGAGUUCAGUGUUGUUGGUGGCGUCGAAUAUCCGAGUUCUCGUAGAUUUAUGUCUAUGGCUCCACCGCUUAUUUCUCGUGGCCUUGAAGUAAUAUAUUUAUGCGCAAAUGUGUUUUGUCUAAAUCGACGACAUGAAAGUGUCCGAGAGAGAGAUGGAUGGUGA